AUGAGUUAAGAUAAGGAAAAUUUUGGCACUAAGAAGGGAGAUGAGAGUGAAUAGUCCAAUGAAGAAGAGGAACUCGAUCCAUAGGAGAUUAUGGAGGAAUCUCUAGACCUCCUUAAGUAUAAAUACUCCAAAUAUGGGCCAGAGAUAAAACAAGAAUUGGGAGGAGAUUAGGCUGGAAUUAACCCAAAAAUAGUAGAGUAAUCUAUUGCCAAAAUCAUGAAAAUAGCAGGGUUUGUGAUUGAAGGUCCUGAUGAAAAUGUCUCUAUAAAGGAUAUAGUUAUACAAAUUGGUGAUCUCUCAAGAGAAUUCUGUGUUUAAAAGAAACUGGAAAUUUUGACUGUUCAACAAGUAUGCGCACUUAUAGCGACAUUUAUUCGAAGAGGAGAGGGUUCUUAUGAGGCUCUAAACACCAAUGAGGAAAGUGACGAAGAAGGCGAGGACACUGAAGAAGAAAAUGAAGAGGAUGAGCAGGAAGGAGAGGAACUUAAAUAAGAAUAAACUGAGAGAUAGGGGGUAGCAUAUCAUCUGAAUCAAGAAGUGAAAGUAACAGACGGAAGUCUUUAUAUUGAGAAAAAUACAUAAGACUAAGAUCCUUCAAAAGCUGCAUUGUUCGAUUAGAAAUAAGAAGAAAAUCACUUAACAUAAUCUAUAGAAGUACCAAGUCAGGAAGCAAAGGUAGAUGGUAAAGAUCAUUAUUACAACUUUGAAGAUGAAACGCUGAAGCUUGCUAGAGAUGUGACGCUAAUAAAUUCGUUCCAGGAAGAUAUAACUUUUGAAAUGGUUUAUGAAAUAGAAUAGAACGAAGUUUUUCUAGGAGUGUAGCAAAAAUACAGUGGAGUAUUUGAAUAUAUAAGUGAUGUAAGACUUUAUGACGAGUAAUGGAUGAAACCUAAUAAAGCUUACUAUGUUCCCAUUAAUUAGUUAGAGCUGAAGAAAUUAUAGUAAGAUGAAAUUUCUAUUGUUUAGAAAACUAAACCUGUGCUUGAGAAAAUUUAAGAUCAAAUUUAUGAAGCUGAAUUGAAUGAAAUGAAGGUGAUAGAUCAACACAAUAAAUCUUAAAGUUUUGGAUUUGUGAAUGAUGAUGAGAAAUUUAUGAAUGAAAAUUCUAUAUACAUUCAACGAAUAUAAGCUGCCUUUGAAAUUCAUGAUAGGAAUUCAGAUGGUAUUGACGAUAAUAGGAUAAUUUUCGAGAAUGAAAUACAUUUGAUUUCUUAGCCAAAAUCAAUCUAUGAAUUAUUUGAUCAGGGGUAGUAACUAAAAAGAUAAGUCUCUAAAGACUGCUUUUGCAUUUUAUAACCAUUGAAUGGUUUCUUCAGUUAGAUUUAAAUGCAAGAUGAUUAAGAUAUAGAGCAAUUCAUUGGAUUAGAUGAAAUUAAUAGCAUUUAAGCUUCCUAAGUCUAAUCUAGAAAUUCAUCGUCAUAGCCAAUAAAAGAUAUUCUAUAUGCAGGACCAAUUCAUGUUAAGAAUCCUAAUCAGGCUAAGAAGAUUGUUCAAGAUAUUAAGCCAUUAAGAAUAUCUAGAUCAUUAAAUGAUAUACAGUAGCUAUAAAUAGAAGAGGAAAACAAAAUGACAACUGUCAAGACAAGUGGAAGGAAUAAGUUGUUUGAAACUCCUCCUCGUUAGCCUAGUGAAAAUGAAUUCAACAGAACAUAGACUUAAUAGAUCAAUUUCUAAGAAGAAGAUUAAAGAUUUGGAGAAAUGUUUACUUCUGAAGAAGAGAUGAUAUUAGCUGAUGAAAGUAUGAGAGAAAUAUUUGUAAAGUUUGCUAAAUCCAGUAGCAAUGUUGCAGGCCACCAUCAAACCUUUGAUCGACUAGCGCAAGGUUAUGAAUGCCUAAACUUGAGAGAUCUAAUUAAGAUUCUGAAGCAAUACAAUAUAGCCAUGAGCAAAUAAAAGAUACAGUUCUUGUUUAAAAAGUACUCAACAAUGGGCACAUUUAUUGAUUUCAAUUAGUUUAAGCAAAUACUUAAGCACCACUUUAUAUAGUAAAGCAAAGCAAAGUCCAAUGAGCAGAAGAUAAGCAGUAAUAUAAUGACUAAUAUAUAUGAUGAAGAUUAUCAGUUUAGGAUUAACUUAAGGAAAAAGCUUAGAGAAAAAAGAGAAAAUCUAAAGGACAACCUAGCUAAAUUCUUUAACUAAAAAUUCUUGUCGAGGAAUCAUAACUAAAGUGACAUGUCUCAAAGAAACUUAUCUGAGGAUAUUGAUGGAGACAAUCCUUAUACUAAUAACACUUUUGAUGGAAUAAAUGAAAAUAGUGUACAGAGUCUUCUGCCAAGAAAUAUUAAAAAGCCUCUAAAUGUAUCAAAUCUGAAUAUUAAGAGUUUCCAAACAUACACUGAUGAACAUAACGUAGAUCAGCCAAGUGCAGCGAGAUAUAAGUCAGUGAAUUCUAGAGGAUCUAAUCGGAUUGUUCUUCCUGCAAUCAAGCAAAAUAAUAGUUCCAUUACUAACAAAGCAGAUUAGUAAAUCAAUCUAAAUAAUCUAAAUGCAAAUAACAUAACUGUCAUUGAUGAUAUGAAUGAUAAAAGCUUUGGAUUUGGCAGAAAGAUAGUCCCUAAAUCUAAUGCCAAUCAGCGAAACAAUGACAAGAACUUUCUAUCUGAAGAUUCUCAUUAGAAUAGAAGAGACACCUAAAAUCUAUUUAUAGAUCGCAAUUAACUGAACUAGAUUGAAGACUUCCAGUCUGAAAACUCUCAUAGAAAAAAGUCGAAUCUGUUUAAAGAAAGAUGCGCAGAAAAAAUGGCUCAAUUAGAUGAAAAUGAUGCUGGACAGUUUCAUUUAGACUCGCUUCCAGCUAUUCUUGCAGAGAUGAUGCAAGUCAUUGAGAUCUUAUUAGUAGACAAGUCAAAAGACAGUUAAAGCGAUGAUUAGGAGAUUGAGGUUUUAGACAAGUUGUUCGAAUACAUAUAGGAAAAGUUCAAGUCGCAAUUUAUCAAUGAUUAGACGAUCAUGUUUGCUAUUGAGGAUAUAAUAACUUUAACUGACAGAUUUACUAAAGAUCUGCAUGCUCUCUAUGAAGUGGUGGACAUUAGGAAAAAGCCUGAGACCCCUCCUAAGUCUAUACAAUUAGAAAACUCAAAAACAGGAUUGAUAGAAUAUGAAGCAGAAUAUAAUGAGGAAUGGACAGGUAAUUAAGACGAGAAGUCAGAAUCUGAUAAAGAAUCAAGUGAAAGUUAAAAUGAUAAUUACGAUGAUGAUAACUUCUAAGAUGAAGUUGAAGAACCCAAAGAAAAUAUAAGCGAAUUCAUAAAAGAGUUUAUCCCAAUAAUUCAACUUCCUUCCCCUAGAUUCGGUAAUAUUUAGUACUUUGCAGAAGAGUCUGAAGAAUAAGAACAAGUCAUUACGCUAGAUGAUGGACUUUUCAUGCUAAACCAAGAUUCAAGCAAUGAGAAUCUUUAGCAUUAUAAGGAUGAGGAUGACAAAUAGAUGAUGCUUAAUGUGAUCUAACGACUCAAAUAACAGUUAAAUGAAGAAGAUUUAGGCUCAUAGUUUCACACAAAUGGGUCUUAGCUGAGAAUUGAAGAAUCUAGUCAGAUUGAAUCUCCCUAGAGAGAUGAAAACUUAGACAAUAAGGGGGACCAGAUUAUGCUAAUUAAAGAUGAAAAUCAGUUUUAAAUCUUUGUUGAGGAAGACCUAUUAUUAGAUGGGAAAAAGAUGAGUAACUUAAGUCCAGAGGAGCAGAAGCUGCAAAAUCUUUAAGAGAUAUUCCUAAUUUAUUGCAGAUAGCAUGUAUUGAUCGGCAAGAAUCCAACUUUUGAUGAUAUAAAGAAAGAAGUUCGAAAUCUUAAUUUAGGAGAAUUCAUUAAGUUUUGCAAAGACUUCUCGAUCAAUCUCUCCAAGGAGGUAAUCAUGAAAAUAUUCAAGAAGACAGCUGUAUAUUCGAGAGAGAUGUACUUUACCAACUUCAAGAUAGCUCUUGUUCAGUUGAUGAAAGAGCUUAACUAGGUAAAGAUAGAUAAAUGCUAGAAGGAGUUUAAGGAAAUAAAAUAGGCCUUAAAAGUUUAAAACCAGAAUAAAAACGAGAAUGCUGAAGGCAAGAGCAAUGAAGACCAGGCUCAGUAGCUCAAAUCCAGACUUGAAAAGAUUAAAGCUGAGGAAUAGCAAUUGAAGCUAAGUAACGAGGAUGAAUAAUGCUUGUACAAGUAUGCAACAGACACUGUCAUUGAGGUCCACGAUCCUUCUAAAUAUAGAAAAAAGAUAAAAGGAUUUACUCUUGCUUUUGGCAUCAAAGAUAGAUAGCAAAAAUUUCAAGACCUUCUGGGUGAAUCAAUAUCCUAAUAAAACUAGCUAAAUUCAGCAAAGCAAGAAUACUCAUUCAAGCCAUUCCUUUAUAAAGAUAACUACAAGAAGAAGAUAUCAUCAGUCAAUAUUACCAAACAAGAUAUGAUGCCUGACUAUCCUAUGAGAGAUUAAUCUCCAAUGAUUUAACAGAGCUAAUUAAAUAAUCCUGUAUCAAGUUAGCUGCAGUCACGAAUCAAGAUGAGAGAUUAACAGUUUCUAAUGAACAAGCCAAAAAGAUCUGUCCCUCCUAAAUCUAAAUUGGAUAGUAGUUUCAUGUUAAAUGGACUCGACAUUCCAAACAUGUCUAUUAGGUCUUUAGAAAGAUCAAAGUCUAAAUAGAGUAAAAUGCAUAGAGCAAGGAUAAAAUAAAAUAUCUCGUAGACAUCAAACUCCAGAUCACAACUUGAGGCUGCUACUAAAGAUUAUUAAAAUCAAUAAAAUAUGAGUGAUGAUAAUUCUGGGGCUAUCACUUCUAAAGAGGAGAGAGUAAGUGCAUUAGAUAAGCAAGAGGUAAACAGUCCUUAAAUUCUAAAAUCAAGGAGAUCUAUUAAUCCUGAGACAAUGCAGCCAACUGGACUAAAUACUCGGAGGAAAAAUGAUAUUAAGGAUUUAAAAGACCAGUACAAAAAGGUGCUAGAUUUAUCAGUGAUAAUCUAAAGCAAGUUCAAUUUUGAUAAUGAUGACUUUAUCUCUAACCUAAUUGAUUUGGAUGAGGAUAACGCAGCUUAUAGGAAAGUUAACUAAUCAAUGAUAGAGCCAACACUUUCACCUUAGUAAAGAAAGAUUCAAAUUAACAAUAAAGUCAUUAUACCCUAAUUGAGAAUUCCUAUUGUUGAAAAAGACUUUAUUCAACGCUUAGGCUCUAAAUAUCAAAGACCUACAAAUCUACUCUCACUGCAGCAGAAAUAGCAGUAGCAAUACUAAUAGUAGCUAUAGUAAUAAGCAUAUUAGUAACAGCAUUAGAUAUAAAGUAAUUACGGAAGCAAUAUCACGACUUCUGCCCUGAGCCUAGUAACAUCAGCUAAUAAUAUCAAUAUGAAUAACUAUAUCAAUGGAAGCAGCAAUAAUAAUAUGAAUAUCAAUAUGAAUAACAUAAAUAAUAGCUAUAUCAAUGCUGACUAGCAGCAACAGUUGUAAUUGCCUUCAAUUAAUAAUGGAAGGAAUCAAGAAAAUACAAAAAUAAAUCAAAGUCUGAAGCAUCAAUCUUAAAAGUACAUCAAUGCUUUGGGAGAAAAUUACACCACAAUGGGCAGUGGUGUAACAGCCUCUACUAACUAAACCAAUCAGAGUAUAAGUAAACUUAGAAGGCCGAGAAAUGUUAUACAUUUAAAGAGUGGUGAUAUUUUGAACAAAAUAAAAGUAAGAGAUCAGCUCAGCUCUAAUAAAAUGAAAAUUCAAGACCAAUAAGCAAUAUAGUAAAGAUGA